AUGCGAUUCACUCCUCUUCUUUCGCUUACGACUGUCGGCGCGGUCGCAAUGGUUGCACAUGCCGCGGAUCCAGUCCACUCCAUGGGCUUCGUCGGCUGUUCCAUGGCCGAAAAUGUUGCUCAAGGGUAUGUGGCUGUUCAAGGGGAGCGUAUGUGGGGCCCAUAUGGCACUGGCGGCAUGGUCGUCCAGUCAUGGACAGACACCAACUCGCAAUCUUGGCAACUGUUCGACCAGCAAGUCGCGAAAUACGGGAAGCCCAGCGCAGUCUGGGUGCAGGUCUGUAUCUUCACGAGCGGAGCUACCUACGACGAGGUCAAGCAAGUCAUUGCCAACGCCCGCCAGCACGCAGCGCCAAACGCGACGAUUUACAUUACCGGCCAGCCGCUGUACGACGCUGGGCAGACUUGUCAAUUAGCUGGGCCCGGUGGUCCAGAGUCAACCGAUGCCCUCGCUCAACAAGCCGCCAAGGAUGCAACUCAAAAUGUGACCUAUCCAGGGGCGUUUCAUCUGCAUCAAGGCGAGGUGCAGGAUGGCUGCCAUGCAAAUACUGCUGGGCAGCAAUCGUUGGGCAAGCAGGCAGUGGCAUUCUGGGGCUGA